CGGGAGGACGGGCGAGACGGGAGACAGCUGCCUAUCGCGAGGAUGGACCGCGCGCGGACGAUGUUGCAGCUGCUGGCGCUAGGGGCGUGCCUGUCGCUGUGCGCGACCAGAGGGACGCCCGACGUGCAAGGAAGGGCCAGACACACUACUACAGCAGCUCCUGCCGUGAACAACGGGGGUGGCUACACUGUGUCUUUUAUGCCACUGUUCAUGCUGCUUGCAAAGUUCCUGCCUCGGCUACUGGGUCGAUUCGACAACAUCCAACCAGCAAACAGCAGGAGUGACCCACCGACACCAGUCAUUAAAUCAAGGAGAACCUCUUCGAAGAUUAUAGAGGAAGCCAUCAUGGGCAAAUCUUCACGAACGGACACAGAGGGCUCCCGCAUGGUGCAGGACGGCUACAUACAGCAGCGAGGCAGUUUCUGCAGCCCUCAGCACCUUGGACGGUGGCGCGACCUGGGAAACUGUCGCCAGUACUACGAGUGCGAGAUGAGCACGCGUGCUGCGGAUGGCUGUCAGUCUCUCGUGUCGGGAAACAGCGUGCAGGAGAUGGACCGUGGGGGCAACGUGCUAGAAGGCUCCAGGGCGGGGCAAAAGCUGGAGACGAUAAACAGCCCGUGCGUCACCAUGACAGUCUACAAGUGCCCGCGCAAGUUCUACUACGACGACGCCAGCCAGGGCUGCGAGCCGAUCGACACCAGCCGGCAGGCUACCAUCUGCUACGGCACGUGACGCGUCCAGAGAUACAGGGGACAACCAUCCCGCACCGCACAUCCUGUCACUUAUUUAUGCAGCCAUAAUUAUUUCCCAAAUUCAUUUCACUCCAGGCUAGACUCAACUUGUCCGUACAAAAUAAAGUCUUUUCUUGGUUAAUAACAAGGUCGCAUCCUUUGGCGGGUUACUAAUGAUUGUGUACCCAAACUAGCCACUUCUCCUCUCAAGAUCACUGCAGUCCCAUCAUCAACAUGAAGCAGAUGUACAUGUGCUUAAAGUCUACUUUGCUACCAGAUGAAUUUUCGAAAUAAUUGUGGCUCUCAUUAUUUAUUGCUUAUUUAUUGUUAAAUAAUUAUAUUUAUUCAUAUAGUACUCACAUCAGUACCAUACUUUACAUUAUGAUUAUGUAUGUGCAUUUAAUUGUACAGUUGUACCUGUGAAAUUAUUUGUAUGUGUAGUUUUUAUCUAGUAAAAUAAAUCCAUUUGCAUACAUACCAA